AUGGGAUCCUUGAAGGCUCCUGGUUCGGAUGGGUUCCAAGCUCUGUUCUUUAAACACUAUUGGCAUAUUGUGGGCGAUGAUAUUUGGGGUACGAGUAGCUUCAUUCUGGGUCGUGGGACAGUUGAUAAUGCUAUUAUUCUUCAGGAGAUAGUCCACCAUAUGUCUGGGAAGCGGAAUCGUAAUCAGAAUAUCAUUUUCAAGCUGGACUUGGAGAAAGCUUAUGAUAGUGUGAACUGGGAUUUCUUACGGGAGACUCUGCAAUUCUUUGGAUUCCCCUCAGCGACGAUUGAUCUUAUUAUGUUGUGGGUUACCUCGUCCUCUCUCACUCUGUUGUGGUAUGGGAUGAAGCUUGAUCCUUUUGCCCCAUCCCGUGGCCUUCGACAAGGUGAUCCUUUAUCUCCUUAUUUGUUUGUGUUGUGUAUGGAGCGUUUGGCCAUUUUGAUCCAGGAUGCGGCCAAGGUCUCUCAGAUGCAGAUGGUCCAUAAUCUCCUCUCCCAGUUUUGUCUUGCCUCUAGUUUGCGGAUAAAUGUGGCUAGAUCUCGUGCUUAUGUGGGUGGUGGUGUUGAUCGGGCUAGGCGGGCUCGUAUUUUCAGUGUCACAGAAAUCCCUUUUACGUCUCAUCUUGAUAAGAUCGGUCGCAAGCUUGCCGCUUGGAAGGGGAAGCUUCUUAAUAAGGCUGGUAAAAUCACUCUGGUUAAAUCUGUUCUGAAUGCAAUUCCAGUUUAUCCUAUGCAGUUGUUUUGGUUCCCUCAAGCUGUGUGUGACCGCAUCGAUAACUUGGCCCGGAAUUUUAUUUGGUCUCGGGGAGAUCGUCAUGGGAUGCACUUGGUCUCUUGGAAGAAGAUCACCAUGGCUAAGAGGUUUGGAGGUCUGGGUGUGAGGCAAGCUCGCCCCACUAAUGUUGCUAUGUUGGGUAAACUGGCUGGUUUUUCUUGGAGAGUUGGUGCGGGCGCUGUCUCUUUCUGGUAUGAUAGUUGGUGUUCCCUUAGGCCUUUGUGCUUGUUAGUGCCUUAUGUGCAUAUCUCUGAUUCCGCUCUUCGAGUGUGUGACGUAUUCAGAGAUGGUGUUUGCGAGCUGCGCCGCUUAGCCACGCCUUUGACCCAUGAGUUCUCCCAGAAGUUGUUGUCCUUGUGUGUGUUCACGGACCAGACGGUUCCUGACCUCCGGGUGUGGGCUUCUUCGACUGAUGGGUUAUAUAUCGUGGCAGGGUGCUAUGAUUGGUUGAUGACCCAGCGCACAGAGCAGCUGCCUACGGUGCCAUGGGGUUGGAUUUAG